CUUGUGGCUCUUGUUGGGCUUUUAGUGCAGUUGGUUCCCUGGUAGGACAAAUGUUCAGGAAAACAGGCAAACUGGUUCCUCUGAGUGAACAGAACCUUGUAGACUGCUCCUGGUCACAUGGCAACAAAGGCUGUGAUGGUGGCUUGCCAGAUCUGGCCUUCCAGUAUGUGAAGGACAAUGGAGGCUUGGACACCAGUGCGUCCUACCCGUAUGAAGCACUGAAUAGAACAUGCAGGUACAAUCCUAAAAACUCUGCUGCUAAAGUCCUGGGCUUUGUGAGCAUCCAGUCUAGUGAAGAUGCCCUCAUGAAGGCUGUGGCCACUGUGGGACCUAUCUCAGUUGGAAUUGAUACUAAGCACCCAUCGUUCCAGUUCUAUAAGGGGGGCAUGUACUAUGAGCCAGAAUGUAGCAGCACUAAUCUGGAUCAUGCUGUCCUGGUGGUUGGCUACGGUGAAGAAUCAGAUGGCAGGAAGUACUGGCUGGUCAAGAACAGCUGGGGUGAAGACUGGGGCAUGGAUGGCUACAUAAAGAUGGCCAAAGACCGGAACAACAACUGUGGAAUUGCUUCCGAUGCUUCUUACCCUAUCGUGUAACUGCUGGACAACAAGGAGUGGACGGAGGAUGGCGUGUACCAAGGAGGGCUUUCCCCUUCGUGGACCGGCCUCAGCUCUGUGGGCAAUGGCAGCUGAAUCACUGGAGUUCCAUGCUAUGGUGUGAAUUCUGGGACAUUUUAUUCCAGUUAAAAUCAGCUGGCCCUCUAUGGCUGUAAGCAGAUUGGCGUUCAUGAGCUUUGAAUUUUAAUUUUUUACAAGAUGUAAACAAAUUCUAUAAAAAUCUACA